UAAAGAGCCUGGUGCACGCUUGCUGAGGCCAAGUUCCUCAAUGCUGUGAAAUUUCAACCGGUCUUAUUUCAUCCCAAAUACGCAUUACUUCUAUUGAACUGAAGUCAUUAUAAUGUUCGGACGUCGACGAAGACCUAUUCUCGGUGCCGCUGUUGUUGUCGGCGCAUCCCGGGCAGCCGCCAGGCAUGAAGUACAAAAGCAAGAAUUUAUAGCCACUGAGCGGGAGGCUGAGAUACAACGGGGCAUUGAGCUGCGGAGGCGUGAAGAGGAAGAAGAAGAGCGACGAACACAGCGCGUUGUCGAUGAAGCCAUGAAAAAGGCUGCCCUGGAAGGAAACGCAGCUCAACAGAGCGCCGCUACAGUCUCGACGCCGCCCCUGCCGCAGUAUUAUGAUACCUAUCCAACGAUGCAAGUUCAAACGCGGGAUAUGGGGCUGUAUAACUCAGCGAACGACGCCGGACCCAUCAUCCAGCCGGUACCAGCAUACCAGCUAGGACCUCAGUCCGCUGAGGGGAGACUCCAGACCGCUCAAGAAACGCCAGGAUCCAAAACUGAAUACUGCACCCAGUGCGGCUUCGCUUGUCAAGCCAUGGAUAGGUUCUGUCGUCAAUGCGGUGUAAGACGGGCGUCCCAAGGGUGAUCUGAUUGUAUCAAAUUAUCACUCCCUUUAUGAGAAAAGGUCGCUGUUUACUCAGAGGUCAUAAGGCUCCAAUACAUUCACUGCGGGGAGGUAUAGCCAAUCAGGGUACCGUAAUCAGCUAAUACUAGCUAAAUUGCAUGUCACUAAAAGUCAAGAAAUUGUAAAAGCGUAAUAAGUAAUAAAUAUCUAUUGACAAGAUAUCAUACUAAUCGUUACAGGAGGUUAACCCGUUACAGAGGUGACU